CUGAAAUUUGAGAUAUCCUCUACGCUAGGGAGUCUUGUCGAGAAGAAAAUGGCCACUUCCGUCGCUGCUUCCUUUCAAAUCAGAUUCAGUUCCAGCAGCUUAACAUCACAUGAGCUUUGCCAUUUAACCCCAAACCCUAAUCAAUGGAGGUCUUCACAUUUAGCCAAGAGCUAUAAGUUCGUCACAUCCAUACACAGACCAUUGAAGAGUGCUGUGGUUGCCCCAAUGGCUCUAGGAGCAAAGCAGAAUACAAGUCAAGAUACAGAUGACAUGUAUGAUGACUUGUUUAAGAAAUAUGGGAAGGUUGUUUACAAAAGCAAUGACAAAAGAUCUCCUGUCGCUGAUGUUGAUGAUGAUGCUGAGUGCUUAGCUUUUGCUGUGGCAAUGGCAAAGAUUGCAAGUGAUGUGAAGGGUGGAGAUAUAAAACUCCUGUUUGUUAAGCCUCUGGUUUAUUGGACAAAAUUUUUCCUCAUUACAACUGCUUUUUCUAGACCUCAAAUUGAUGCCAUAAGGAACAGAAUAAACGAUCUAGCUGAAAAACAAUAUGGGAUAUUUGCAACUGGAGAUACAAAACCGAAUUCAUGGACAUUGUUAGACUUUGGUGACAUAGUGGUGCACAUAUUUCUUCCGGAACAGAGAGAACUUUACAACUUGGAAGAGUUUUACGCUAAUGCAACUCUCAUAGACUUGCCUUUUAAAAACGAAAACAACUUUCAACCCUGCUGGCCCCUACUACCCUCACCAUUACCACCGCCUCGCAAUCGUCGCCUCCAUUAUCUGCCCACGACUACCGUCGUUUGCUCCCUGCUCUCCUACACUUUUCAGUUUUCACAAUCUCAUCUCCUCCUUCACCGCGAGCCACCCUUCGGAACCAUUACCUGUUGCCGAUCCCAACUAGCCUCCUCCUCUGCUCCUACUAGACUUUUAUUCCCUUCGCCUCCGCCCCCUUUCCAUCCUUUUGCCGGCGCCGUACUAUUUCCUCUCCAGCGUUCCCACCUUGCAAAAGAUCACGUCUUUCCCCCGUUCAUCGCAUCACAGGUCGCAGCCCUCACCAUUUCUGUUUCUUUUAUGCAUACAAAACCCACAUUUUGUUACCAGUUAUGGCGUGGUAUUUCCCCUUCAUCUCUUCAUACAAUCUAG